AUGAGCCAAAGCGGGGCCUCCUCGCGCCUGGCCGGCUCCCCGCCGCUGCCGGGGGGCUCGCUCCUGGCCCUGCUGGCCCCCGAGCCCUCCCCGUCCCCCCCCAGCGGGACACCCUCGCCCGGGCCCCCGCCGGCGUUGCUGGAAGGGGACUGGGAAGGGCGGGAGGAGCUGCGGCUGCGGGAGCUGGAGGAGGCGCGGGCGCGGGCGGCGCAGAUGGAGAAGACGAUGCGGUGGUGGUCGGACUGCACGGCCAACUGGCGUGAGAAGUGGAGCAAGGUGCGAGCCGAGCGCAACCGGGCUCGGGAAGAGGUGCGGCAGCUGCGGCACCGGCUGGAGGCCCUCACCAAGGAGCUGGCCAGCCUGCGCCGAGACCGCGACCGCGACCGGCCUGACGAGCGCCCGCCGCCACCACGGCCGCCGCCACAAGCCAGCGCCGGCAGCCCACCCGCGGAUGGAACAGAGGGGGACGCCGGCCCUGAGCAAGAGCCUGUGCGGGAUGUGGGCACUGAGGUGCCCCAAAAAGCCAAGGAGCUGGAGCUGAUGGAAAACAUCUUGACAAGCAAGCAGGAGGAGAGCUGGGAGCAGAGGGGCCCCCGCGCCUCCUUCAGCCGCCAGGAACGAAGCCGCCUGCUCUGGGAGGAUGUCAGCGUCGUGGAGGAGGAUGCCACAAAAGUCACUGCCCUGAAGCUGAGGCUGGAUGAGUCCCAAAAAGUGCUGCUCAAGGAGCGGGAGGACAAGCUGGCACUCAGCAAGAACAUCGAGAAGCUGGAGGGUGAGCUGAGCCAGUGGAAGAUCAAGUACGAGGAGCUCAACAAGAACAAGCAGGAGGUGAUGAAGCAGCUCAACAUCCUGAAGGAGAUUCAUCAGGACGAGCUGGGGCGCAUCUCCGAGGACCUGGAGGAUGAGCUGGGUGCUCGCUCCAGCAUGGACAAGAAACUGGCUGAACUGCGUGCAGAGAUGGAGAGGCUGCAGGCAGAGAACGCAGCUGAGUGGGGCCGGCGGGAGCGGCUGGAGACAGAGAAGCUCAACCUGGAGCGGGAGAACAAGAAGCUGCGAGCACAGAUCGAGGACUUGGAGGAGGUGCUGGCUCGCAAGCGGCGCCAGACGGCCAGUGCCCUGGAUACUGACCUCAAAACCAUCCAGGCUGAGCUCUUCGAGAAGAACAAGGAGCUGGCCGACCUGAAGCACAUCCACACCAAGCUGAAGAAGCAGUACCAGGAGAAGAUGGCCGAGCUGGCCCAUGCCAAUCGCCGGGUGGAGCAGCAUGAGGGAGAGGUGAAGAAGCUGCGCCUGAGGGUGGAGGAGCUGAAGAAGGAGCUGGCCCAAGCUGAGGAUGAGCUGGAUGAGGCCCACAACCAGACACGGAAGCUGCAGCGGUCACUGGACGAGCAGACGGAGCAGAGCGAGAGCUUCCAGGUGCAGCUGGAGCAUCUUCAGUCACGGCUGCGGCGGCAGCAGAGUGCCCCGCUUUUCGGCAAGAUGCUCAGCGCCCGCUUCAGCCCCGACGACGCUGGGGAUGGCACCAGUGACCCCGACGAGGAUGAGGACCUGCAGAUACAGGUGCCCUAG